AUUGGCCAAAAUCUUGGGAAACCGGAAGUGAGACCGACACGAGAAAGUAUCGUGACAGUCCAGUCAGAGUCACGGAUUUGGUUGCUUCAAUGGAGCCGCCCUUGUUCCCUCGAGAGUCCGGACAGUUUGUUGCAGAGCAGAGUCAGGAUGUGUUUGUGGAGGAAGAAGGUGUAUGGAAGGUAGCGGAGAUGCUUUACAAUCUGCGGGGCAAAGAUGAGCUGAGGGCCAGUGGCUGGAAGAAGGCCAACCCCCUGGCCCCUUCACCCACCUCAGACCAGGCCUUCAAUUGGGUGUUUGUGGUGGACACCAUGAACUUUUCCUUUUGGCCUGAUGAGGCAACACGGCAGUGCGAGGUGACCUUCCGAGGGAUCACACACACAGGCUACAUGACCUUGUGCGCUGCCAUCACCAGAGCCAUGGAAGAAGGGGUGCCCAUUACUGACCCAAAGUUCUUCUCCCAGAUAUCCAUGGAUGAGUUGGCGCACAUCCUUAGGUCGGACAACAAAACGCCCAUGCCCAUGCUUCAAGAACGCCAUAAGGUGCUGACUGAAGGAGGUCGUGUGCUGUUGGAACAUGGUGGAAGCUUCCAGAGCUUCAUCAGCCAGGCUGAGAACGAUGCCCGCAAGAUGGUGGAGCUUAUCGUAAAGAAAAUACCCUCCUACCGAGAUGAAGCUGUGUACCAGGGGAAGAGAAUCUCAUUGUAUAAGAGGGCGCAGAUCCUCGUGGCAGAUUACUGGGCCGUUGCAGCAGCCAGAGGCGAGGCGGACAUCAUCAAUAUAGACUGGCUUACCAUGUUCGCUGACUACCGGGUCCCACAGGCCCUUGUCUACUUGGGCGCACUGCGAUACUCGGAAUCUCUAAUGCACACACUCAAGAGUGGUGAACUGUUGGAUUCGGGCGACCGCAGGGAGGUGGAGAUCAGGGCGUGCUCCAUUUGGGCAGUAGAGCGCAUCAAGGACCGCCUGGACGAGCUGGCGCGGGAGCGAGGCAGCAACAGCGGAGGCAUCAACUCUGUGCUGAUCGACUUCUAUCUAUGGCCGUAUGCCAAGCAGCACCACAGAGAGAUGGCCCACAUUCCCAUACACCACACACGAUGUGUUUACUACUGACUACUGCAAGAAUGCUGCCGCCAGUGUCCGGGACUCUUGACAAGUACCUUUAUGGACAUUAUCUGAAUAGUCAAUGUUCCUAUUAGCCACACAGUGUGGAUACACACCUCUGUUCAAAAGAGGUUUUGUGAUAUUAAAGCAACACUAGAUAACUUUUUAGUUUUGGUCUGUUUUAGCGACGCUGGUGGACAAAAACGGUAAUGUAUUGCAUUAAGGAAGACUGCGUUUCCCAUGAGGACCAGCGCACACCCGCACAGUGUCGUAAAAUCAUGAUCUCCCGGUCGCCUGCAGAUUGAUUAAACGACAUUUCUGUUUCUAGUGGGUGUGUGAAACAUGAAUAGUGAUAAGGUAAUGAAUCCACUUGUGGCUAAACAAUAGCAUAUGACGGUUAGCAACUGUGUGGCUAACCUCCCCACCUGACCUGUCAGCGCCAGCGAGUGAAAGCCGGGUCAUUGUUUAUUCUUGAGUAUCCUUUUAUCAUGGUAAACUUUUUUUUUCCUCCUCGGACAAAACUUUUUGUCUUUUUUGUUGCUCUGCCAUCUUUGCAGAAUUUGCGCAAAAGCGUUCGAAUCGACUUCUGUCUUUAUAAUGAAUGGAGAAAGGGGGAAGCAACGUAUGCCGUUAAGCAGUCAGCACAUUUGUAGAUUUUUGUGUGGCACGGUUCUAGUGCUGCAACGAUUAAUCGAUUAACUCAAGUGUUCGAUUAGAAAAAAAUAUUCGAAUUAAAUUUUGCUGCUUCGAGUAUUCGUUUAAUUAAAGUGACGUUGUAAUGGUUUAUUUUGAAAGUGUUCGCAUUUAGUUUUAUUGAUUUGGGUGGAUACACUGCCUUCUAGUCUGCUUCAAUUCACAUGGCUGAAUCCAGGUGCUCCCUGUUAAGACCAAUAUAAGCUAAAUUUUGUUUAAGCUAAUGUUUUUUUUAAUGCAUUCGUAAUUUAGUUUAUAGGUAUAUUUAGCCAAUUUUUGUGGGAAUAUGUGUCUGAAUCAUUUGUUAAGAGCAUUGUAAAAAAGUUAGCAUUUUAUAGCAUUUAAACUUUAAAAUGUAUUUUUGCGAUGUAAGUUAGCCAAUUGUUCUUUUGUUGUACAUCGAUCAUCUUUUUUUUUUUUUUUUUUUUAAAUACCGUUUGAGGCUCAGCUUAGUAAUUUAAUUUUUCAUGUUCCUUAUCCGAUUACUCGAUUAUUCGAACUAAUCGUUUAUCGAUUAAUCGACUACUAAAAUAAUCGAUAACUGCAGCCCUACACGGUUCCUUCCACCCUCCAAAAGUUAAUUAAUGCUAGUGAAGGCGAUACAGAUUCAUUUAGUUGUCAGUCGACGUAUCACAAAUGUUAUGAAAAUAUUUUCUAAGGGUUGAAAAGUUACCUUGUGUUGCUUUAAGUUUUUUUUCAUUUAAUUAAUGUUUCUCAGUUCUUUAGGUUCAGAAAAACUUUGAGAGUCCAGGUCAUAUAUCAAGAUGAACCUAAAAGACACUAGAACCCUUAAAUGCGGACUUCAA